AUGAAGUUCUCCCUCAAACUCCCCGACAACGACUGCCGCCGCCGGGGAGGCGGCGACCCAACCUGCAACCACCACCACCACCACCACCCAAUCCUUAAAGCCAAGCUGCCUCUCACUAUCGUGAACCAGCCAUUCACCUCCACCAUCGCCACCACCACCACCACCACCACACCUUCGUCAUACUUCACCUUCUCUCUCUCCACCAGCUUCCCUUCCUUCCCUUCCCUCAAGCUCUCCUACUCCCCCACCGCCGCGUCGUCCGCCGGCUCCCCCAUCUCUCUCACUCUCAAAUCCGGCAUUGGCCUCUUCGGCUCGCCCAACAAUUCGCCUAUCGUCUUCUCAGCUCAUUUCCCUCUCUCGCUCUCGAGCCCUAUCCCUAAUUCUCCCGUCUUCUCUCUCCACUUCCGGCCUCAGCUCGGACACUUCUCUCUCAGCAAGUCCACCUCUUCAAACCCCAGUUACAGCCAGGAUUUGGACGCGAAGAGAUUUGUUGAGCCUAAUCAGGGAAAAAACGAGGUCACGCUUGCUGGCGUAAGUGAUCAUUUAGGUUCUGAGUUGGGAAUUGGGGGUGGAUUUCUGAUGGGGGGUUCGUCGACUUGGGAGGAGCUGAAGCUGGAGCCUUGUUGUGGGAAAGAGCUGUUUAGAAGCUCUGAUAGUGCGGAUUAUGGUCGCAAUCUUACUAAUGAUGGUAAGGUUAUGCCACAGAGUUGUAAAAGCCAUGGUAAGAGUGGCAAUCUGAAAAUGUUCUCUGGAAUUGGAGUGAGGGCAAGGACGAUGUUGCCCAUAGCAAAGCGUGUGAGGGUGAAUUUCCGUUGGGGGAUGAAUUUGCCGGUUGCUGAUUCUGGGACAGGAAUGCCGUUCUUGACGGUGAGUAAAAUUGGGUUUGAGACCAUUGAGGAAGCGAAGGGACAAAAUGAAAGGAAGGAGGAGAGUAAUUUUGGUGAUUCUGAGUUGUUGAGGGGAAUGUUUUUACAGAUCAGGAAGGAUUUGGAAGAGAUGCAGAGGGAGAAUAGUGAGAUGAAGCUAUGUUUGGAGGGUAUGAGAUUAGGAAUAGGGACAAGGGAGGGUCCUGGCGAAAAGAUUGGAGUUGGCGAUAGAGAUUCAAUGAAUUUGGGAGUGAGAAGGGGUGAUUUUGAAAUGUGGAAGAGUAAGAAGAGUGGGAGAGAAGAAAAUGGGAGAGAAUCGAAUCAGUCAUUGAAUCGGUCAAACAGUUUGGCGAGUGAACUCCAAAGAGCUAUGAAGUAUGCAUCCUCAUGA